GUUGUCACACCCUAGUCCCUUGGUUAUUCUUGCUUGUCUGCCCCUGAUUUUGUUUUCCACGUUUUGUCUGUUUUGGUCAUUGUCUCAGUCUGUCUUGUCCCGUUAGUCUACCCCUUGGUGAGCACCUGGUGGUGCUCAUUAAAGGGGGGGCUUCUGUCAUGGCUCUGCCUCCUGUCAUGGCUCUGCCUCUAUUAGUCAUGUUUUUCUUGGUCCUGUGGCAGAGCCAUGACAAAGCCUUUGGUUAUGUGUGGAGAGAAACAUAUUGUCCUUUUGACAAUAAUAUACGUUAAAAUGGGAAAAUAUGCCGUUUACACAAGAAAAUUAUUUCGUUUUAACGACAUAUUAUCUCGUUAAAACGACAUAUUAUCUCAUUAAAACGACAUAUCUCGUUUUAACAACAAAUUAUCUCGUUAAAACGACAUAUUAUCUCGUUAAAAUGACAUAUCUCGUUUUAAUGACAUAUUAUCACGUUAAAACAACUUAUCUCGUUUUAACAACAAAAGAUGGAACAAACAGACUAGCAACAACAGGCGCUGAUGUCAUAUUUUAACAAACAACUUUUCCCAUUGAAAUGAACUACAAACAGCAGAAUCCAUUACCCUUGAAAAACUGCAUCUGAACAAUUGCAUUUCGUAUUAGUAUGCUCUGGCUUUACAACAAAAAGAAAUGGCAUUUAGCAUACAGCAAACAUGUUUUUGCUUGCAAAGCUGGUUGACCAAACAGGUCUUGCUGGUAGAAGCUCGGUAGGACCAUAUUAUACAUUUGUAUCUUAAGUCUUAUAUUAAGAUCUCACAGGUUUAACAUUCUCCAACUGCAAUUUCCAUGUUUACAAACAAGUAGGAUGUUGUUGGAAUAUGACUGACAACCAGCAUUUGGUCUUUUCAACAAAGCGGGCAGGUUGUGACAGAAAACAUGAGUUAAACAAUUGUCCCAGUUGUAUCUUGUAAUUUGUGCGGGUGACCAGCUGAUCUGUUCAGUACUUUGUGUUUGUGGGUUAAAAAAGCAGAUGGGGGAUUGUAGUCUAUUCUCUCCCUCCACCACCCCCAUAAUCCUCUUCUGUGAGAGGUGAUCUUUAUGUGAGACAAGGCAAUCCUUCUGCCAUGAAGGACAGAGAUAGUUGCCUAACUACAUUUUACAUUGAAUCAUUUAGCAGAUGCUUGUUUAACUUAAAAAUGUAAGGAAAACAAAAAAGCGAGCAAUCAAGAGAGAAUAUUACAGCAAAUUACUGAACUGACUUUAAGUGCUGCUAUAUGUUAUAUGUGCUUGGGUUUCCUGAGGUUUUCAGACAAAAGGUAAUCCAAUACAAAAGUAUUACAUUAUUUCAGUUUAUGUUAACGAGACCAUCCCCCAAUCUUCUUUCAUAAACACUUUUGAUGUGGAUCAUUUUUUAUCUAUUUUCUUAGCUUUAAAAAACAAAAUUAUUUUACAAUGUUUCACAGUAUACUUCAAAUAUCUUCAUUGUUGUUAUUUUUGUAUCAAUCUAUCACGAUAAUUUACUAAUUUCAUUGUUAAUAUGAAUGAAAAUGCAAUAAACUUAAUAUUUUCAUAGCAAUUAUGAACUCAACUUAAAUUUAAGAGCGCAAUAAUUAAACCUAUUUUCAUUUUUGGUAAGCUCAUUUACACAGCAUGACAACAAAGUUUAAGGUUUUUAAUUUUAAAUGAAAGUCACCACAAAAUCAAAACUGACUAUUCUUAUUUUUAUUGGAAUAUUGUAGUGUUUAUUAUACUUUUUCAUGUGCCCUCUUAAAUAAAAAACGUUAACCUCCCCCGCUAAACAACAUUUCUUCUCUGCAUGACAUAACGUCUUGGAGCAAGGGUGAACUACUGUAUAUUGACUGUUCAAUGGGCAGGCUUCCAACUAAACAUUUAUUUUUUAAUGGAUCUUUUCAUGUUUAAUCGUCAAACUUGAUCCAUUCAAGUUGGGACUACAUGAAUAAUCUGUUAUAAUUGUUCAAAUUUGGCAGAAAAUUUUCAGUUUGUAGCUUUUUUUUGAGACUCCGUUAGGACAAUUUUUAUAUUUUUUUAAUUUUAGAAGAGUUUUUAUAUAUUUGAGUAUUGUAGUUACCAUUGUUCAGAGAUUGGUGCUUGUGGGAGGUUAAGUUUCAAAUAGUAAUUUAUUUUCUUUAUGUGAUGAAUAAGUAAAAAGAUGAAUGAUAAUAAAUGAGUGCCUGUUAUUUGAUUUGAGAACUUUAAUCAAAAUCAAAAUAAGUUCCACAUAAAAAUCAUGUAAACGAUCUUUGCUGUAAAAACAUUAAAGGGAUAGAUCACCCAAAAAAGAAAAUUCUGUCACCAUUUACCAUAAUAGGACAAAUUAAAAUGGUAGUCAAGGGUGUCCCAGAACUGUUUGCUUUCCUAAAUUCUUCAAAAUAUCUCAUUAUGUGUUCAACAGAACAAAAAAAUCUAUAGCCUACUGAAGAUUUUUCUACUAUUGUAGUGAAUGAUGUCCCAGAAAUGAAAAAUUAUGAACAGCUGCGAGAAACUUCCUAUUUUAAUGAAACACCUCUGAAAAAAAAUUGUUCCUCUACAUGGGUACUUGCCCUUUAACUUGUUAUUUAGUGCAUAUUCAGAAAGGAAGAAUGGUUGUGUGUGCAUAAUUACAUUAGGAAAUUAUUAUAUUAUAAUUAUAUUAGGAAACAAACUUGUUUGUUUAUGUUUAGAAAAGCAUCACUGAAAUGCACUAUUACUACAGUUAAUGGCAACUGCUUAAAAUAAAAUACUGAAAUAAAAUGCCUAAAAUUCAAGAUAAAAUUCUAAAUUAGAAUGAAAAGGGGCAAAGAAAACAGAGAAAGACAUUUUGUCAAAUGAAAUCUUGUUUGACAUGUCCUUGAUAAAUUCAGCAGUCAUUUUAUCUGUUCUUUGAUACAGGUCCGGCAAUAGACCAUUAGCUGUUGGCUUGUGAACAACAGAAGAAAGUUUUAGUGCAUCCUGCUGCCCUCAGCAUUUCAUACACUUCAUGUUGAGCUGUUAGCUCGCACAUUUUUGCUCCUCUCAUCGUAUCACCAUUUAUGUUUAGACAACAGAGCCCAAUGGGCAGCCAUCAGCUACCGGUCUACAUCUGCCUAAAUAUAGUCAGCCCUAAAGCUUCUUAGUGGGAGAACCCUCUUAUAAGUUCCUUUCCUUGAAUAGACGCCGAGUAUAGACCACACAAAUAUACUUAAGUGAAAAUCCCUUGCAGGUAUUUAAUUCUAAAUAAGUAAUUACUAGGUUGUCAGUGUGUCUUGGUCCGCAGGUGCGUAAGUCUUAGUGGCUCAUUCGUGCCUCGGCUUUGAAGAGAGUUGCACACACAAACGCACUGACCGCUGGCUGAGAAGCAUCCAUUUCUCAGGGACAAGUAACCCACCACAGCUGCCAAAAUGUGUGACAUGGGGGGACUCGAUAACUUGGUGGCCAACACGGCCUACCUGAAAGCCCAGGGGGGAGAUGACAAGGAGAUGAAGAAACGUCGGUGAAGUCUGUCUCUUCCCAAGCCGGAGCAGUGCGCAGCACUCAGGACAAAUCUAGAGAAGGACUUUGACUCCCUCUGCGAAAAACAGCCUGUAGGAAAGCGUUUCUUUCGCCAAUACCUUGAUCAAGGGGAUCUGAAUGACUGGGAAUUGUCGGAGGGCGCUGCCAGAGACAAGGCCCGUACACAUAUCAUUAAUACAUUCUGCAAGGAUGGAUCCAAGAGCUUCCUCACCUACCUGACUGGAGAUGUAGCAACCAAGUGCAAGGCAGUUACUGACAAAGAUUUUGAGGAGGUGAUAGGACUGGUGAAGGAUGCCACCAAUGAGUUUCUCAAAGGCAAACCUUUUUCAGAUUAUCAGGAAAGUCAAUUCUUUGACAAGUUUCUGCAGUGGAAAGAAUACGAGAAACAGCCCAUCACUGAGAAAUACUUCUAUGAAUUCAGGACACUUGGAAAGGGUGGAUUUGGUGAGGUUUGUGCGGUGCAGGUGAAGAACACCGGCCAGAUGUAUGCCUGCAAGAAGCUAUGCAAAAAGCGUCUGAAGAAGAAACAUGGUGAGAAAAUGGCCCUGUUGGAAAAGAAAAUCUUGGAGAAGGUCAACAGCCUGUUCAUCGUCAACCUGGGUUAUGCUUAUGAAACCAAGACCCAUCUCUGCUUGGUCAUGAGCUUGAUGAAUGGAGGUGACCUCAAGUAUCACAUCUAUAACAUUGGUGAGAAGGGCAUCGAAAUGGAUCGGAUCAUCUAUUACACAGCUCAGAUUUGUACCGGGAUGCUGCAUCUACAUGCCAUGGACAUUGUGUAUCGUGACAUGAAGCCUGAGAAUGUGCUUUUGGAUAGCCAGGGUCAAUGUCGUCUUUCAGAUCUUGGUCUUGCUGUCGAGAUUCCGGUUGGAAAAACCAUCACCCAAAAAGCUGGAACCGGUGCAUAUAUGGCACCUGAAAUCCUGACUGAAAUUCCGUACAGGACCUCAGUGGAUUGGUGGGCUCUGGGCUGCAGUAUCUAUGAAAUGGUGGCUGGCUACACCCCAUUUAAAGGUCCCGAUUCCAAGAAGGAGAAAGUGGAGAAGGAGGAGGUACAGAGGCGGAUCAUCAAUGAGGAGCCCAAAUAUGAGCACAAGAACUUUGAUGCCCCCACAAUAGACAUCAUCAAGCAGUUCCUCAAGAAGAAGGUGGACGAACGUCUUGGCUGCAAGGGUGAUGAUCCCAGGAAGAACGAGUGGUUCAAGUCCAUCAACUUUGCCCGUUUGGAGGCCGGCCUUAUCGACCCACCCUGGGUACCCAAACCCAAUGUUGUCUACGCAAAGGAUACAAGUGACAUUGCAGAGUUCUCCGAAAUCAAAGGUAUUGAGUUUGAUGCUAAGGAUGAUAAAUUUUUCAAGGAGUUCAGCACAGGGGCUAUACCUAUCGCCUGGCAAAAGGAGAUGAUUGACACCGGACUCUUCGAUGAGCUCAAUGACCCCAACCGGAAAGAAUCAGCCGGUGGCUCAGACGAUGAUAAGAAAUCGGGUACCUGCACGCUUUUGUGAGAGAACAAGCCAGCUUGGAAUUCAGCAGCAUAUGGAAUUCCAUUGAGUGACAUCCCAAAUAUUAUUGACAUCGUGCUCUGUGUUGAAGAAGAGUUAAGCAUGGCUGGAAUAAGAUGGUACGUUAGUCAACUUUAGGAUAGAAGGUGUUUCUUAUUGGUUCGGAUGCAGAGCUGCAGGGUCUGAGAAACACCCAAUAUACCAUCCAUGAUGUGCUUGAGCUUUGGACCACACAAGGAUUUUCUGCAUUUCCUUCAUGUCUCAUGAAGUAGUCAAUAUCCUAUCCAACAGAGGGUGCAAGAAAAAUGACCAUUCCUUAUUGAGAAGACUCUAGAAGAGUAGGCCUAAACAGACUUAUUAUGAUGUAUCCGUAGCAAUUAAAUGUACCAUGAGUGUGUGAUCAGAAGGCAGAGAUCUCUGGAAAUACAAAGUUGAGUCCUCAGUAAGGAGCGGCUUGUGUUCCAAACACUUCUCGCCUUGCCAAAUCACAGUUUAUUUGUGGAUUCGUUCAGGGUGUACAAAACCAGCACCUACACAUACUCAGAGUUAUUUUUAUUCAUGUAAAUUAAUUUAAAUGUGUUCAACUGGGAUAUAGGGAUAACUACAACCCUAUAGUUAUCUAAAAAAAACUAAUUUAAUUCUCUAGUGUUUAAUAUUUCCCUUUGUGAAUGAUUGGUAUUACAAUUCAGCAGACAUCUGUGUGCAGAGAUUCUGUGUGGGUCUGCCUGACACAGGCAUACAGAUAAACCGCUACAUAUUAACAAAUGUGUUUUUAUGAAAUUUGUGUAAGUGUUUGCCAGAGAGAAACUUGCAGUAACUCGUGGCCUCUAUGACUGUGAUCUUAAAUGCUGAUUUGAUAGCAGGGCUGUUCUGAUAAUGUACUAGAUUUUGUAUAGGCUAUGUAUAAAUAUGUACAUACAAUAUAUAUAUGAAAUAAUAAAUCUCUUAUCUAGUAUCUAUAUAAAUAUUAAUAGUGCGAUAGUGAGAUUUUACCUAUAUUGCAGCUUUAAAGGUUACAAUUUCAAUUGUCUGGUUAAAUCUUUCACAUAAUUUUAAAGCCAAGCUGAAACAGGUUGGUACUCAAGGGCACAAAGAGAGGGCCUUGGCACUGAUGUCUGCUCAUUUCUUUCUUUCUACGUUUCCAAGUAUCCGUUUGGGUUGUGCCCAAAGGCAGUCCUCUGUGGUUGUGCUUCUAUGAUAGAUAUAUGUUUAAAAAUGCAGGGCCUUUCUAAACCUAGGGAUAACAUACAGGUUCUUUUUCAAAACUUCACACUGUCCAACCAAAUACCAGCAGACAUUCUGCAGUUGGCUUUUGUAUGCUGGCAGACAGUCACUUUCACACUGCCCCAACAAACAGGAACUUCUUAAAUUAUAAGGCUUUGUUAGAAAGAUGGGCAGGAUCGUUUUAAUAGACAAUUGCAAUGCUUUGCAUGGGGUGGGAAUCACAGGGUGCCUCACGAUACAAUACGAAUCACGAUACCAACAAUAUCAUGAUGCGACGAUACUAAGAUAAUCAAUAUAUUGUUUGGCAGUUCUAUAACGAUACAUCACGAUAUCUGCCUAACUAUGAAAACAAAAUGCCCAUGAAAGGGUUAAGUGCAACAUUUGUCUCUUUAUUCAAGUCCACAAAACUUUUUCAGUAGGUAAAUUAAUUACAUAUUACCAACAUGAGUAACAUUUCAAGUAAAUUAAACAUUUUAUGCUUAAAUUAAAAGCUUAUCUUUGUAAACUGACACAUUUAAAACAUUAAAAUAUAUAUAUACUGGCCCAUUUCUAAAUUUAACAGCCAC